UUACUUGAUUUUGAUGCAGAAAAUAUCAUAGUUCUAAAUCUAUUGAGUUUGAUAGUCCGUGGAUCUGCUAGAUAUUUUAGGUUAAGUGAGUUACAAUACAACUCGCUCUUCGUGUUUAUGAAUGAACAUUUUAUUUCUACUAUUUGAUCGAUUUUGGUAGAAAAAUGGUAUUUUUAACUGCACAACUAUUUGUGAGAAGUCGGGGUCCUGAUGAAUUCUGGCGAAAACGUCAAAUAUUUAAACUCGCUGCGCAUUACAUUGGAAGGAAAAGAAAUUGUUAUAGUAUAGCUAUUAAGAAUGUGCACAGAGCAUUAUUAAAAACAACAAGAGGAAGACAACUUAAAAAACAAGAUAUGAGAGAGCUCUGGGAAACUAGAUUAAAUGGUGCAACGCACGAGCAUAAUAUUAGUUUGAGAAUAUUACUGGAAGGAUUAAAUAGAUGUAAUAUUUUAUUAAAUCGAAAGUCUUUAGCAAAUUUAGCUAUUUGGGAGCCACGAACAUUUAAAUGUUUGUCCGAUAUUGCUUGUGCAAAAGCAAAACUAGGAGGUAUUAAGAGAGUUGCUAAUAAUUCUAUGCCUGAAACUGUUAUGAUUAAAGGAUUAGUCGAUGAACUGGAUUGAAAAAAAUAAUUGCAAAAAAUAAAUGAUUAAACUUA